AUGCUAGCUGAUAAGUUUGAAAUAUUGGAGAAACUUCUGAGAGAAAUGAGGGAGGAGAAUACUAAGAGCAUUACCGAACUGAAGAACGAGCUAGCAGCUGAGAGGGAGGAUAGUCAUAAAAGCAUAACCGAACUGAAGUAUGAGCUAGCAGCUGAGAGGGCUGCAAGGGAGGAGAAGGUAAAAGAGGUGGCUGCGCUGACAGCUCGACUCUCGCAGGCAGAGAAAACGCUUUUACAUCAAAAGGACGAGACGUGCAAAAUCUGGGAGGUUAGCAGAGGAUACGCGGGUGCAGCAACAGGAGGAAUCGAGGAAGCUGCGAGAGGCUAUCUAUCUCACCUCGCAGCAGCCACCGACCAAAACAGAUGCGAAAAUAAUUCACGCUGA